ACCAUGGGUAUUGCCCUAACAGUUUUCUAUUAGUCAUAGACCCACAAAACUCUUCUACUGUACCAGCCCAAAUUUGCAUGAACAGAAUCAGCAGAUGUAGAAAACUAGUUCAUGCAGAGUUUGAUACUACUCUAGGUGAAGAGUUGCAGUCUGACUGAAGAAUGGCAUUUCAGCAGAUGCACAGUGCCUGUAGUCCGGACAAGUGGAGGGUAGUCCGGGUAGUUGGGAAAGAUAUGUUACACAUACCUGCUUCGUCAAUUAGAACUGUAAUGGUCAAGGGAGCAAAGAGUAUGUUACAUGAUGGGUCACAUCACUUCCUGACUGAACCGGUGAAGUUACCCUUACCUGGUGGUCUGAUGGUUGUUCUAUAUCUUGUGUCUUCAGAGAAACUAUUGUUUCCUAUACCGGUUGUGAAUCUCUCCCCAGAAGAUAUCUGGUUGCAAGCCAGAACCAGAUUGGGUACUCUUUCUCAUGUUGAGAGUGUGAAGUCCAAUGGGAAGUGUGAGAUGCCAGAUCCACGUCAGGUACCAUGGGCCAAACUAGACAAAGAAAGGGGGGUGAACAUCUGGCCUGCUGUGCACACCCCCUCUAGUUUCCAUUCCUAUAAGGACAAUCCCUUUGGAUAUGCUGAUCGCACCCACACUCCCAGCAUCACUCCCGAGGACCCUGCUCAAAAGCCCACUGAUUCCCUCCCUGGUCACCAAGGGGAAAACUGCACCACCAUGAUCACCAGUAGAGGGCAGCAACGGACCAGGAGCGGGACCCCCAACACUUUAUACAGCCUUUUGGAGCUCUUUCAUAUCCUGAAGUAUACUCUCUACUACCCCUUACAAUAUUUCCAUCUCUCUUUCCUGCCCAGAUUUUUCCACUACCCCACGUACCUUCGCAUCAAGUGGGGGGCGCUAUGCUCUAAGUGCCUAAUAAUUUUUAAUUCGGAGGCAAUGUUAACAGCACCCUUAAUUUGGAGGCAAUGUUAACAGCACCCUUAAGGGUUUGGGGUUUGUACUCACAUGAAUAUUGCCAAUACCCACAUGCUCAAUAAAAUGAUCGUGGGCGAACAGGUCCGGAGUGACACUAUCGGCUGUUGGAUACUCUUUAAUAAUUAAUCAGCGCAAGGCAUUACAAAACUCAUGUGCAGUCUCAUAAGGCAGGUGUCGCCUGGCCAAAAAACUGACUUGAUUCCAGUCAUCAAUAUCACAAGUUUCUAGGCAUCUCUGCAUCAUCUCUUUCAAAAGCCUGUAACUGCUACGGUCUUCUACAGACAGGCCGCUAUAAAUAUGUUGUGCCCGACCCGAUAAUAAGAGACAUGAAUAUGAGUUUUAACUCCUCAUCCCACUGAUUCACAUCAGCGGCCAUAUAAAACUGCCUGGCCCAAUCGGACCAUUCACGCCCCACGUAAAGGUCUUGGGCAUGAACACCAGAUGUUCCGUGGCCAGAGCAGCAUAAUAUCCCUUACGCUUUCACUACUGGAAUGAAAAGACAUGCUUGUAGGCUCCAUCCAUGGUUGUUUUUUUUUUUGUUGUUGUUGUUUUUGUUUUGUUUUUUUUCAAUUCCCAAUGCACUCUAAGUCCUCGUGGUGGCAUAGUGACUCGCCUCAAUCCAGGUGGCGGAGGAUGAAUCUCAGUUGCCUCCGCAUCUGAGACCGUUAAUCCACGCAUUUUAUCACGUGACUUGUUGAACACGUUACCACGGAGACAUAGCACGUGUAAAGGCUUUACGCUAUUCUCCGCAGCAUCCACACAACUCACCACUUCCCCACCGAGAGCGAACCACAUUAUAGCGACCACGAGGAAGUUACCCCAUGAGACUUUACCCUCCCUAGCAACCGGGCCAAUUUGGUUUCUUAGGAGACCUGGCUGGAAUCACUCAGCACGCCCUGGAUUCAAACUUGCGACUCCAGGGGUAGUAGUCAGCGUCUUUACUUGCUGAGCUACCAAGGCCCUGAGAUGGUUGUUUUUUAUUAUUUUGAUCAUACCAGCAAAUAUAUAAUCAAUAUCAAAUUUCUUAACUAUUCAUUAAUUUACCCUUGUAUUAAAUAAUUUUCAUAUACUUUUGUGUGUUGAUUUGUGUUGUAAAUUCAGAUCUUCCACUGACUGUCAAAAAAAAAAAAAAGAAAAGUGAUAUUUUGCAACCAUAAAUGGCCACAGUUGCAAUUUUGCAAUGUUUUCCCAAAAUUCACCCCAAAACAAAAUAUAAAUAAAAAUAUUUUAUAUAUAUAUAUAUAUAUAUAUAUAAAACCAAUGGCUUCCUAAAAACACUUUAAAGGAGGAGAUUUUUUUCUUCGUUAAAUCUAUGCUUGGGUCUCUGUUGGUUAAACAUGACACCUGUGUUAUUUCAUGGUUUAUAAUUUAUCAUAAAUAUAUGUAUUUCUUUUACGAGCUGUUAAU